AUGGGUGAUAAACAAACUAAUGACCCACCCAAGGAUCCCGAAAAACUAGAAAUGUUUUGGAAUGAAAGGAAAUAUAAUCUCAUUAAACUAAAGAAAAGUAUUGAUAAAUGGAAGAAACUUAGAGCUUAUUCUUUCCAACGUUUAGUCUUAGCUUUUGCCAUAUGUGUAUUUUCACUUGGACUUGGAUGUUAUCUUUAUAUUGCGGAUAAAGAUGAAAUAGAAUCUACAUUAAAGAUCGUAUCAACUUCUAUUUUUGGAGCAGGAAGUGGUGGAAUUCUUUUUAAAAGCCUAACUUCGCUUAAAAAUCUUUUCAAAAAUAAGCAAGUUAAAGAAAAAGAUAACAAUAAAGAUACCGAAUAUAAAAUUGAUGAUACAAUUGUUACCAAUUCGAAAAAUAAUUGUCCCAGUAGAUUAAAUUACUUAGAGCGUUCACCUAUAAAGUUCGUGAAAAAACUUAUUGAGAAUAUACAUAUUAUGAUGAUUUGGCGUACUAUAUGGGUUUCCUUAAUGUCAUGUUCAUUUAUUAUUUUAUCUAUAAUUACUAUCUUUCUCAUUAUUUAUAAUACAAAGGCAUCUAUAUUUCAUAAUUUGACCAUUAUUCUCAUCAGUUUUUCUUGUUUUUGUCUAUUGGAAGUUAUUGCUGUUGCACUUUGUAUUACUUAUUAUAUUCCCGAGUUGGAUAUGUUAGAUAAGUCGAAUAGAUCGGCUACGUCUUCAGAUAUGUAUUUUGAUGAUUUUGAUGAAACGGUUAAGAAAAAGUUAGAUGAAUUAACGAAGGAGUAUAGUACUUCAUCAAGCAGUACAUCAACGAAGAAUAAAGAUAUAGUCAAUUUGGUUAAAGAUUUGAUAGGGUUUUCGUUGUUAGAACUUACUAAAGUUUAUAUCAUUAUUGAAGAAGAACCAGAUAUUAUUUAUUCCAUUUUAAAGAUUAUGACACUAAUGGCGUAUUUUGUGAAUAAAUUUUACAAAAUGUUGGAUCGAAAACCGAAAAUUCUGAAAAGUUAUAUAAAGUGCAUGCAUUUUUUAUUGGAAAGUAUAAAUGCUUAUACAAGCACUAUAAUUGAUUUUAAUGGAAAUAUUAAUAAUAGUUAUCUAAAAAAUGCUCAAGAAAUAAUUAAUGAGUUGGAGGAAACCAAUAAUAAUGAUUUGGAUGACAUAACGAAAGAAUUUAGUGAUCUUCCUAAAUUAAAUGGAGAAAUUAAGAAGAAAUUUGGUGUUUUGUAUGAUUUAAUGGAUCGCAUAUUGGAGGAAGAAUUUGGCUCUACGAAGAAUAUAACGAAAGAAAUUGAUAAAUUAACAACGGAUAUUUAUGACUCAUUGAAGAAAAGUAAUGAGGCCAUUGAAAAUAAGGAUGUUAAUCAAAGUAAAGAAAAAAAUGAACCAGAGACUAAUAAAGAUGAUAAUGAGAGUGAGAAUAAAGAUGAAUCUGAGAUUAGUGAGUACGAAAUUAGUGAAUCCGAGAGUAGUGAAUCCGAGAGUAGUGAAGGUGAUAGAUUCAAUUAUAUUCGUUUGAAUAUAAAUAUUGAUCUGGACAAAUUAGAGGAAAAAAUAGGAACAAUUUUAUUAGAAAUUAAGAGUAGAAGGGAUGAGAUCAGUAAGAUCAAGAAAGUUAAUGAUGAUGAAAUCGGAUUAAAUAGAAUAAAUGAAAGUAUUGAAAGUUUAAGACUAUUAUUAAUAUCCACAAAGGAUAGAGACGUCAUGAAAAAGCAUUUUAUGCAUAAAAUCAACUUGUUUGAAAAAAUUUCUUAUGAGAAGAAUUGCUUAAAAAAAUUUUUUAUGUAUUUUCUGGCCAUUAUAUUUUUUCCUAAUCUUUUCUUAAUUGGUUUGAUAUCAUGGAAUAAUAAAGAUUAUGAAGUUAUUAAGGCGAAACAAGAUAAUGCCAAUCACGGUGAUGUGUCGAAUCUGGAUGUCAAUAAUGAUGAUAUGUCGAAUCCGGAUGUCAAUAAUGAUGAUAUGUCGAAAGAAAAUAAUGUCAAUAAUGUUGAACGCAAAAAAGAUAAACGGAAAUAUAUAAUUAAGCAAAAAUAUAGGUUACAAUUAAAUAGAAUUGAAAUGAAUAAGAAAGAAAAAGAGAUAAUCAAGCGUCUUCUUUUUGGGUUAUCAAUGGAUAGCAGCAAUUUUGUUUAA